AAGGUGGCUAUUAAUUUUUACCGAAAAAUGAUAACGAAAAAUUUAACUCUUCCUUUCUACUGUAUAUCAGAAUAUUUUAGUAAAUUCUUAUCCAGUAAACUAAGUGACUCUAUUGCUAUAUUUUACUUAGUAUUUGCGUGUGCUGUAUAAAUUGGUUGAAUUAAAAUGUUUGUGUUUGUACAAAUGGCGAUCUGGCUGAAAAAGAUUGAACAUCCAAUGAUUCUUUAAGAUCAAUUACUUUCUAUAGUUGUGAAAGCCCAAUCCUCCUAGCUGAGAAUGUGUGACAACUCUAUGUUCAGGCUCUGUUGUCUCCGGAGCAUUGCUGAUACCCAGUAUCAACACAGUGUUAAUAACGCAGAUGUUUGAACGGCAUAAUGAUAUUCCAGUUAUAAUCACCAUCUUAAGGCACCAACUUUGGCGUCUUAGGUAUGGUUUGCAAACGUCAUCCCGGUGAAUUUCAUAUCACACUCUCUCUAACUCUGAACCUAGGUGGGAAGGAAAUCAGUUUAUGGCAUGUACCUGUGGUAUAAAAAAUGUGACUGUAUAGGAUUGGGGCCUCUUGGUACACCAAGACUUCCCGAAUGGGACCCUUGUUUGUGGCCGACAGUGACUUAAGAAGUUCCAGAAGUUGGUAGCGAUCCUGCUGUAGCUUCACGUCAAAUUUCUCCUAAAAAUAAGAUUACCAUCCACAGCUGGAAGAGAUCUGUUGCAGUUUCACUUUCAGCGAAACUAUAUCUUCGUCAAGGAUCGUCGUUGUUUAUUUGUAUAGUGAUUUUACGACUGUUGUCUCCUUUUUUGUUCAAUUUACUGUCACUUCUUUUGCGAAUGUUUCUUUUGUGCCUUACUGCAUCAGGUAUACUGUGCUAUAAGUCAAUAAAUAAAUAAUGACAGUGGUGAAUGUGCAUUUGGUUUCACCAGUCUGGUUAUGAAAUUAUUCGUCUUACAUAUUUUUACUCUUUAUUCUCCGGGUCAGUUUAUUAUCCAAUGAAUAACACUAUGUUGAAUUUCGGCUAACCCUAACCACUCUACUACUCUGGCAGAGAUCACCUCGGGGUAGACAGUAGCUAGGAAUGAGCUACACAUAUUUAAACUAUUCCAGUCGAUGAAUUUCCACAGUCUUAUUAACUGAUUCGCCGUCUGUACCUAGUACUUCACAUUUAACCUCACUAUUUUCCACUCAGUUGCUCCAUUUUACGCGAGUAAUCUUUUGAAGUCAGCUCUAAUAAGAUAACAAAAUCUACAUGUUUUCCGUUUUCAUCGGGGUUGUUUUACAUCCGAAAAUUAGUACGAAGUGAGAUGCUGUACAAUAUGCUCGUCAUUUGUUAAGUAAACGAACACAGUAAAAGUCAAGUGAGGUUCUAUCCAUUUUUAAAAUUCAUCAGCCUCCAACCUAACAGAUUUCACAGGAAUCUGGAGAAGCACUGGAUAACUGGAGAAACAGCAUUACAGAGGUUUAAUACAGCCUUUCUUCGACAUACUGACAAACUCAACGAAUUCAUGACAACUCUCAACAACAGGUUCCAAGUCUUACAAACUCUAAUCGAAGAAGAGGAAACCAACGUGGAGGACAAUUGGAAAGGUACCAAAGAAGCACUGACUCCAAAGUGUCAGGAGGUUCUGGACCUCAAGAAGCAUCAUCAUAAGGAAUGGAUCUCUAUGGAUACCCUGGACAAGAUUCAAGAAAGCAAGAACAAAAAGACAGCAACCAACAACAGCCGAACAAGAACAGAGAAAGUCAAAGGACAAGCUGAAUACACAGAAGCAAACAAGCAAUUGAAGAGGAGCAUUAGGGUUGACAAGCAGAACUAUGUGAAGGAUAGUGGAAAACUGCAUGAGAAUGAAAUAUGAAACACUUUUAUGACACGAUGAAGAAACUGACAGGGAAAUAUAGUAAGCCAGUGAAACCAGUUAGGGACAAAAAAGGCAAGCCAAUCAUUGAAAUUCAAGAACAACGGAACAGGUAGGUAGAAUAUUCCGAGGAUCUCUUGAAUUGGCCAGCUCGAUUGAAUCCACCAGACACCGGAACAGCACCUACAAACCUGCCUAUGGAUGUCUCUCCGCUAUCGAUAGAGGAAAUCAGGAUGACCGUUUAUCAGACAAAUGAGUGGGACCUGACAGUAUACCAGCUGAAGCAUUGGAGUCAGACAUAGAAGUAACUUCAAGAUGCUCCACGUUCUAUUCAGGAAGAUUUUGAAGGAAGAACAUGUGUCGACAGACUGGGAAGAGGGAUACCUCAUCAAGAUACCAAGGAAAGGAGAUCUGAGAAAAUGUGAGAACUAUGGUGGAAAAACCCUACUAUCGGUACCAGGAAAAGUCCUCACAUACCUCAUUCUAGAUAAGCUCAUGAUAGUUUUAUAAAGGUAACCACUUCAUUUUUGGCGUCAUUUAAUCGAAGCAGCUUGAUUAUUAAGUUGCAUUAGUUAUGAGAUUUUUAUCGAAACGAAAACUUCGUACAUUAAAACCAAACCUAAAGAAUAAUGAAGUUGUUAGCAUAAUCAAAAGUCCAAACAUAUAUAAUUAUACCAACGUUUUUAGUAUGAUAUUUAAUGCUUUCUAUAAAUAAGAAAGUACAUGUCUGUGAUACACUUUUUUCUAUCAUUUCUUGUAGUUUUUUAUUAUUGUUAUCAGCACAUUUUGUUUGUCAAUGAAUAUACUGUCCUUUAUCUUCAAGAGUUUCUGUCAUUAUGAUCUUGACAGUGCUAUAUUUCUUUUUCUUAUAGUGGACUUUGGGAUAUUGAAACUGGGCAACAAGUUGCUACUUUCACAGGUCAUACAGGCGAUGUAAUGAGUCUUAGUUUAGCACCUGAUCUACGGACAUUUGUUUCAGGAGCUUGUGAUGCGUCGGCAAAACUAUGGGAUAUACGUGAUGGUCAAUGUAAACAAACGUUCACUGGACAUGAAUCAGAUAUCAAUGCAAUUAUAUUCUUUCCGAGCGGUUUAGCUUUUGCAACUGGUAGCGAUGAUGCAACCUGUCGAUUUUUUGAUAUUAGAGCUGACCAAGAAAUUGGAAUGUUUAGUCAUGAUAAUAUUAUUUGUGGAAUAACAAGUGUUGCUUUCAGUAAAAGCGGACGAUUACUACUUGGUGGAUAUGAUGAUUUCAAUUGCAAUAUAUGGGAUACACUUAAACAAGAACGUGCUGGUAUGUUAUGAUCUUUUCUAUUUAUUUUUUUAAAACAAUCUGUCGUACAUUUGUACUGCUACGUAGUAAUUUAUUAUCUUCUUGGUAAUGCAGCACAACUAAAUGCAUUUACCUUGUCUCGUUACUUCUAAUAAGUUAAAAAACUCCAAUAAAAAUUCUCCAAAACACUAAUUGAUUUUGUCUAGUUAAUCUCCAAUCCUGAAAAUAGUUGCUUGAAACUGUAAAAUCUCAAGGUGUUUGUAAACAUGUAUGAAUAAAACAAAGCCGUUUACUUCCUGUUUAAAUUGUUAUAUUGGGUUGAUAUUAAGGAAAAGUACUAGUGUCUAAUUUUUUUAUAAUAUGAUUUACGAGAGAGCGUUUUUUGGACAAACUAAAACCUAUGUGUUCUAACAAUUAAAAAGAAAGAAUUUUUGAUCAACUUUAUCCUAUUUUUCCUCCUGAGGUUGCCAUAAAUGUUGAUAAGUUUCCUUUGUGUCUAAAAUUUCUCUAAGAGUAAAUAAAUUUCAAAUAAUAUUUUUUUCUAUGAUCAUUUUAUAAUGUAUGUAUUUUUGAGUUGGUUACAUUAAGUCUCAGAUUUAUGUGAAUCAUAGGCAAUUAUCAGCUAUUCUAUUUUCAUUGGAAAUGAUAAUUGAAGCACCUAUCAUUAACCAGACUUUUAUUGUCACAAAAUGUUAAUCUGAUUUACUACAUUCAUUUGCUGUUCAGUUAUGUUUAAGAAUUUCAAGUGAUUUACUUGCCUAUGUUUUUAUUUAUUCUUUCCUUCAUCCAUUCUUCUUACUAACUAACAAACAUAACCCUGUAACUAUGGGUCAAUAUUGUAGUUGAGUGUGUGUAAAAUGUCCUUUUAGAAUGCUUAUAUCAAAAUGUUAUACCCGAAAGACUACUGGACUCCAAACCAAAUGAUACUGGUUUAAAAGGCAAUAUAGUUUUACUGAUUAUUUAAAUAUUUUAUCAACUAGUUAUUAAAAUCAUUACACCUAAAAACGUCCACGUUUGUUGCAUUUAUUCAUAUCAAGUCAUUCAAGUGAUUUAGCUGCAGUCUUUUUAAUGAUCAGUAAACUGAACAAUGACAGAUUACUGCAUUUUUCAGAACUAUAAUAGUUUUUUUUUUCUUAUCAAUCGUAACAUGUGUACACUUCAACAGUCUUUGUUGACCUGGUAGUCAAACGCUAAUGCAUACUUCCUUCAUUUAAUAUUUUUAGUCUUUCACAACAUUUUUCAUCAUCAUCCACUUUUCUAUGGAAACAUUCUUGUCUGCUUGUUUGUAAGUAUCAUUACUAGCCUCAUCAUAUUACUGGACGCUCUACCAACUUAGUUAUUCAAGUUUUUACUACCUUUCAAAUAUUUUUUCGAACUGUCAUUUUUAUUUUAUGUGAAGCUACGUUUCAUUGUGCAUUGACCUCAGGUGAAGAGCAAUAGAUAAUUAACUAGUACUGACUAGUUAUCUCAUUUGACAAUCCACAUCUGUUAGGAGAGCUAGAAUCGAAAGAUGGGUCUUCAGCUCCUGUGAACAUCCCAGUAUUACUCAAUUAACGACUUAAAAUACAUCGGCCAUCACUUCCAGCUAUGGUUAAUUCAAUAUUUGGCGUAACACCAUCAUCUGAUAUCAUUGAUGUGGUUUAUAAAUCACUCUCAACAUGGUUGACGAUAUUUACAGUGACUCCAAACUGGACUUUCUAAAAUGUUCAUCUUCAAAUCAGUCACAAUCAAUCACGAUUUUUACUAAUUUAGUUUUUCGUUUAGAGAUUUGUUUUCUGCAAGUAUAGUUUUUUCUGGAAAUGGUAAGAAAUAAAGAUUUCCAAACAUUUGUUUCUCCUUACUUUUCAACUCGUCAUGUAAAGUAUUUUAUUACUACAUUUUUUAAAUUCAUAGUCAUAUAAUUUCGUCUGUUUUAUUGAUAAGUAUGGACAUAUUCACCAUAGAUGAUUAUGUCAUAAAUUUGGUUACUUCUGUUCUCCUGUAUAAAGUGAACUUAAAUGAUUGCUAGAAAGUGUUUUAUAAUUGUCUGCACAAUUGAAAUACACUAUUUUCUACAUAUUUCUUAUAAGAAAUAAUUUUGAUGUCUCACACUAACCUUUGCUCAUAUGUGGCCAUUUUAUAGUUGGUCUCUUGUUGCAUAUAAUAAAUACAGCUCAAAAUAUAUCUAAGUUUCAUUUUAAAUUGUACUAACUGUAUUUAGUAAUAUGUUAUUCAAAGAACUAUUGAUAUUAUGUUAUUAAACUCGACAGUCUAAUUGAAUAAAGGAAUUUCCAUAUUGAUUUCUAAAUCGAAUAAUAUAUAUUUAUAUCUAAGCUGAAUUAGGAUUUUGUCUGUGACUGUGAUCAGGUUCAUUGUAUUACACACACUUUCUCUUUCCUCAACAGUUAAAAUAAGAUGUUAGUUGGUGAUUACUUAUAUGAGAUAUACAUCACUUUUAUGUAUCUAUUAUCUAUCAAGGUCAAUUAGAUAAGAUUAUUAUGAUAAACAUUACAACAUUAGGAAAUAAUUGUAAUGCACAAAUUUUAAUAAUACCGUUUACUUUUCCCAUAUAACUUUCAUAUUAAACCUUCACUAUGAAUGGCAAUUAAAAUGCAGUAAGUAGUUUUUAAAUUGAAUUUCGUACAAUUAUUAUUCAGUAAUUCCAAAACUAUUAUCUGUAUUUCAUGUGAUUGCUUCAUGAAUAUAUAUUGGCUCGAUAAAUUAAAAUGUUCAUUUUGCUUAUUAGGUUAGACCAAAUAUUAAUUGUUUGAACAUCUUAACAAUAGUGUCUACCUAUGUAAAAUGUAGAAAAAACUAGAGUCCACUUAAGUUUAUAACUAAUUAAUAAAAGAUUGAAUGUUUCUACAUUAUAAUUUACAUUGAUAUUUUUAUUACUGUGCAAUCAUAAAUUUUGUCUUCACACCUUAUACAUACAUAUGACAAAAAAGUCACUUUUAAGGAGCAAACAUAAUUCAGCUUUAUAUCAUUGUUUGUUUAUUUCUCCCUUCUCUCAAUUUCAGGUAUAUUGGCUGGACAUGAUAACCGUGUUAGUUGUUUAGGCGUGUCCGAAGAUGGUAUGGCAGUGUGCACAGGAUCAUGGGAUAGUUUUUUGCGAAUAUGGAACUGAUAGAAAAAAAAGAGAGAAUUCAAAUCAUUUGUUUAAAUGUGUGAAUCUGUGCACUGUCAGUUUUUUUCUCUUGGUUGCCGAUAUUGUUGUUUCGUUUUUUGGCCAACAAAAAUAAAUAAAUAUAGGAUUGUAAUCAAUCUAAUAAUCCGAAAAAGUUGUUUUCUUCCUUUUUUUAUCACUGGUUGUUCCUUCUAUCUCUCUCCCAGUUUUCACUUUUUUGUUUCUCACAUACUAGAAACACAAUUGCAGUUGACUUAUUAUUAAUGAGGUAGUUUGUCAGAAUUUCAUUUUCCCAUUCUUUUCUGUUUCUUUUUUACUGCUUUGAGUUUCACACUGCAUAGUGAAUGGGCUGUGUGUCUGUGUAUGUGCUUUCAAGCAAAGUAAGUGAUCAAAUCCUCUUAUUAUCUGAGUUUUUCUCAAUCCAAGUGUUUUUCUUUUGGUCAACUUUUUUCAGAAGAGAGUUUACAAUGUUGUAAGUCAAUUAGUCAAUUGUUUAUUUCUUCUCCUACUACUCUCUUCUAGAGUAUACUUUUUAUUCAAUAUGUACAAGACAUAAAAUGUAUUGAUUCUGUUGUCGAAAGAAGAUUUAACUUAGUGCGUGUAUGUGUAAUUUCUCUAUAAUAUUUUAUGCUUGAUUUCUAUUCGCUCCAGCCUCUCUUGCAUUUACUUCAUAAUAUAGAAGAGAUCUCUGUAAUUUUUUUUUAUCUAUAUGUUUGUGCGCUUAUGUACUAACUUGAAGACAUAAUUAAUGUAUGCACUUAAGCGUCAUAUAUAUGAAUAUAUAUUUACGUAUUUUUCUCCUGCGAAUUACUAGAGAUUUUUCAGUAUCUGUUCGCUUUCAUAAUCAUUUUUUCGGUUUGCCUUGAAUUAUACAACCUCUUGGAUCUUGUACCUAGAGUGUUUUUAUGUAGUACGAACACACAGUUUCCAGCAUUUUUUCUCUCUCAACUAGUCGCUUUAUGAUUCCUGUAAUCAUUUCCUUUACAGUUAUAGUCGUUAAUUUGUAAAAUUUAACAUACUUGUUUAUUUCUGGGCUGUUGUAUUCAUUUUUCUCUAUUUGAUGCAUUUCUUAUAAGUUUGCUUUGUGUUUUACAACAACUAUUGCUGCUACCAACACUACCACCACCAAGUUCGUCUAUUUGUUUAUCUUUCAAUCCACUAAUGAAUAAUGCAACUUUGCUAGAAUACAAAUAAAAAAGACUGUUAAAAAUGUUUAAAUGCCCGGUUAAAUUAAAAAUAAAAAAUCUAUUGUGUAUUUACAGUAUAUAAUGUAGAGUGUAUUUUAUUUCAGAGGAAACUCCGGGUUAUUGAAUAGUGCUAGAAAGCAGUGAUGAUUAUAUAACAAAAAGAAGUUUGUAAUUCAUUAAAUUCUUCAUUGGAAACAAAACGUUAGUUGUAUUCUUUUUGCCAUAUUAAUAUUACUAUCUGUUUAACUUCGAGAAUGUAUUGUUUCAUUUUUGUUUUCGAUAGUUCCUGUGUGUUGUUCCCCAUGAUUUAUGUAACAGAGGGCAUACAAACAGAAGUCUUUUUUGACCUAGUCUUUACCCUUUUUCCCAAUACUUAGAGGUUUUUUUCAAUUUGAGUAUUUUUUUUCUUCUGUUGCACAUUACGUUAGUCACUUCAUUCUUUUAUAGUAUGAUAACAAACUGGACUGCUUUUCCGGACAAAAUUCAUUGAUACCUUUAACAACAACAAAUUUAAUGCAUUUGACAACACUUUAUUUUAGGCUUCUUAACACGAAUCGGUUAUGGUGUGUUUCUUUAUUCAUGGAGUUGACUUUGUGUUUUCUGAUCAUCGAUAAUUGGUGGACGAGUUAUUAUCUGCCAAUUUAUUUUUCUUUUUAUGUGUAAGACAAAACACCAAAACAAAAUCCUAUCAACCUGAGGUUGUUUUGUUUUGUAAUGCAUCAGGUUUUCGCAUAAUUACUCACAUGUGUAAUAUUUUACAGAAUUACACGUAAAAAAUCGAGACUAAUUCAAUUGAAAAAAAACAAUUUUAGAACUUGUGAUUUUAUCUUUGUUCUUUGUCGUAUUUCACUAUGAAGUGUUUUAUGCUUAUGUUGGCAAUAAUAAUGUUUGCAAACAUCAUUAGUAAUACAAGUGAUGUAGAACAAAUUACUUUUGUUAAUGCUUUUCACAUAAUACCGCUGCAUGCUACUGUAGAAAAUCUGGGAAGUAAUCGGUCAGAUGAAAUAUCAUUACCAGAUAGUUUUGAAAAAGUGAAAAAAACGUGUUAGUACCAUGUUUGAUUUUCAUCUAACGAAAUAUUGUCCAACGAGGCGAGGGAUUUUGAAAUAAUAAGGAAGAAUCAUAACUCAGUGGGGAGUUUAUUGCUAGUAAAUUGUCUUUCUAUAACCUAGAUCGUCUCAUCAUUAAUUUUCUAUGCGACGUUACUAAUAAUACAAAUCUAAACAUACUACUUAUCAGAAUUUCCCCUUAUGAUGACAAUAGCUUAUCCUGUCGGUAUAAAAUGUAGUUGGCUUUUAUCACUGACUGAAUGUCACCAUUUGGACAAUUUUUCUAUUAACCGAUUUUUACUAAUCUAGUAGAUCAUUAUUUUUGCAGAAGUUUCAAUUACUUACCAAGCAUCACGAAAAUGUCCACCUUAAUGUGUGUUUGAUAUAAGUAAUGUGGUUUCUAAUAAAAUCUCAUUCUAUUAGGACUGCUAAAUUCUGAAUACACAGAAAAUUAGUGAUUUUGACUAUUAACUAUCUAUUAGAAGAAAUUUUACACAACGUAUUUUUUAUUGGAAACGUCACAAUAUCUAACUAUAUUUACUCUAAAAAUUAAUUUGUUGACGCAUAUCAAAUACAUGACAAUUUUAACAAUGCAAAAGUAAGUUGGAAUUAAGACUUUCUUUUUCAUCAGGCAAGUAAUCAUUUGCUAAUUAACAAGCAACUAGUGAUCAUACCAGUCAAUGCAUUUAUGUGUAUAUUACUUACAUACUUACACCUGUUACUCCCAAUGGAGCAUAGGCCGCCGACCAGCAUUCUCCAACCCAUUCUGUCCCGGGCCUUCUUUUCUAGUUCCAUCCAAUUGUUAUUCAUUUUUCUCAUGUCCGUCUCCAUUUCUCGGCGUAAUGUGUUCUUUGGUCUUCCUGUUCUCACUUACCCUUGAGGAUUCCAUGUGAGAGCAUACCUUGUGACGCAGUUGGGUGCUUUCCUUAAUGUUUACCCUAUCCACUUCCAGCACUUCCUCCUGAUUUCUUCUUCCGCUGGAAUCUGGUUUGUUCUCUCCCAUAUUAGGUUGUUGUUGACAGUGUCCGACCAAUAAAUCAGAAGUAUUUUGCGUAGACAACUGUUAAUGAACACUUGUAUCUUCUGGAUGAUGACCUUCGUAGUUCUCCAAGUUUCCGCCCCAUACAUUAGAAUUGUCUUAACAUUUUUAUUGAAAUUUCUGACUUUGGUGUUGGUUGACAGUUGCUUUGAGUUCCAGAUGUUCUUCAGUUGUAAAUAUCCUGCUCUUGCUUUACCGAUCCGCGCCAUCACAUCUGCACCAGAUCCACCGUGUUAAUCAAUGAUGCUGCCCAAAUAUGUAAAGGUUUUUACAUCUUCCAAAUCUUCUCCGUCAAUUGUGAUUGGAUUGGUGCAUGCUGUGUUGAAUCGGAGAAUCUUGCUUUUCCCUUUGUGUAUAUUGAGACCUACUGCUGCUACACUGGUCAUCUUCGCCUGCAUUUGUUGUUGCGUGUGCUAUAGAAGAGCCAGAUCAUCUGCGAAGUCUAGAAAGUCCAGCUGCAUCCUAUCUCUCCACUGUAUUCUGUGCUUCCCUUCAGAUUUUGACGUCUUCAUGAUCCAGUCGAUCACCAGGAGAAAGAGAAAGGGUGAGAGUAAGCAACCCUGCCUGACACCGGUCUUUACUUCGAACGAGUUUGUCAACUGUCCUCCAUGCACGAUUUUGCAGUGUAAUCCAUCAUAGGAAUUCUGUAUUAUAUUGACUAUCUUCUGAGGUACGCCGUAGUGUCGAAGAAGCUUCCAUAAUGUUGUUCUGUCAAAUGCUUUCUCGUGAUCAAUGGAGUUGAUGUAUAGUGAUGAAUUCCAUUCAAUUGAUUGUUCCACAAUGAUCCGUAGAGUUGCGAUUUGGUCUGUACACGAUCUAUCCUUACGGAAUCCUGCCUGUUGGUCACGAAGUUGGGCGUCUACGCAGUUCUUCAUCCUGUUUAACAAUACCCUGUUGAAGACUUCUCCCGGUAUUGAGUGAAGAGUGUUGCCCCUGUAGUUAUCACAGUUUCUGAGAUCGCCAUUCUUUGGUAUAUUGACCAGAAGUCAUUUUUCCCAGUCUGUUGGUACAUGUUCCUCAUCCCAAAUCUUAUUGAAGAGAAUAUGGGGUACCUUUGCAGUUACUGCUACGUCUGCUUUCAGUGCCUCUGCUGGAAUGUUGUCUGGUCCUGUUGCUUUGCCACUCUUGAUUUACCUGGUGGCCAUGCUAAUCUCCUCAAUUGUUGGUGGGUCAGCAUUGUUUGGGAGGUCCGUGGUUGCUGCUUCGAUAUUGGGUGGGUUCAGUGGAGCUGGUCGAUUCAAGAGUUCUUUGAAGUGUUCUACCCACCUGUUUUGUUGCUCUUCAAUGUUGGUGAUUACCUCGCCUUCUUUGAUUUUCACUGGUCGUUCUGGUUUACGGUGAUUUCCACACAGUUUCUUUGUUGUUUCAUACAGUUGCUUCAUGUUUCCUUCUCUUGCAGCCUUUUAUGCCGUCAUUGCUAAAUCUUCC